UGGAGGUGAAUCAACAUGGCGUCCCACUUCAGCGGUGUUUUACAAUUAACUGAUUUGGAUGAUUUUAUUACUCCGUCACAGGAAUGUGUAAAGCCAGUAAAAGUGGACAAGAAACAAGGGCGAUCAGUGGCGAAAAUCCAAAUUGAAGAUGAUGGGACUUACUUUCAAGUAAAUGAGGAUGGUGGACUGCAGAAGCUGGAGAAAGCCAAGAUCACUCUGAAUGACUGUUUAGCCUGCAGUGGCUGCAUCACUUCAGCUGAGAGCGUCCUGAUCACCCAGCAGAGCCAUGAGGAAUUGUACAAAGUACUGCGCCUCAAUAAGCAAAGUAGCAGCAGUGAGCAGAUGCUGGUGGUGGUGUCGGUGUCGCCACAGUCCCGCGCCUCGAUAGCUGCACGCUAUGCUCUCAGCAGCAGUGAGGCGGCCAGAAGGCUUACAGCUUUCUUCAAAAACUUGGGUGUUCAUUACGUGUUCGACACUGGCUUCAGUCGUACCUUCAGUCUUUUGGAGAGCCAGAGAGAGUUUUUGGAAAGGUUUGCUCGAAAAGAAGAGGACAAAAAGGCCUUACCCAUGCUGGCAUCUGCCUGCCCUGGUUGGAUUUGCUAUGCUGAGAAGACUCACGGCGAUUUUAUCCUGCCUUAUAUCAGCACAACACGUUCCCCCCAACAGAUGAUGGGUUCUCUGGUGAAGCACUUCUUUGCCAGUCAGCAGGGUGUUGAACCGCAGAAGAUUUAUCACGUGUCUGUGAUGCCUUGCUAUGAUAAGAAACUGGAAGCUUCCAGACCUGAUUUCUACCUCAGUGAGGCUGAGACCAGAGAGGUGGACUGUGUCAUUACAUCAGGGGAAGUUCUUAAGAUGUUGGAAGAGGAAAGUGUGUCUUUAAAUGAUAUAGAGCCAGCAUCUUUAGACGUAAUGUUUAGUAAUGUGUGUGGUGAGGAGUUGCUUUGUCAUGCUGGAAGUGGUUCAGGAGGAUACCUUCAUCAUGUCUAUACACAUGCUGCCAAACAGCUAUUUGGAGUAGACGUGGAAGAAAUCACAUACAAGACACUCAGAAACAAGGACUUCCAGGAAGUCACGCUAGAAAAAGAUGGAGUAGUUCUACUGCGCUUUGCUGCCACUUAUGGCUUCCGAAACAUUCAGAAUCUUGUGCAGAAGCUGAAGAGGGGAAAAUCACCGUACCACUUUGUAGAAGUCAUGGCAUGUCCAUCAGGGUGUCUUAAUGGAGGAGGGCAACUAAAACCUUUAGCAGAUCAGUCGAAUAAGGAGCUGCUGCAGCAGGUGGAGGCAGCGUACCAAGCAGAGCGGCCGUCUGCACCCGAAGAGGACACGCGUGUCGCGGAGCUUUAUCACACAUGGUUAAAGAGUGUGGGCGAGGAGAGGGCACAAGAACUGCUUCAUACACAGUAUCACGCUGUAGAGAAAAGCACCAGUGGACUCACAAUUAAAUGGUGAAGAUCUGAAAACCU